AUGGCAUCUCCCACCUCUCCAGCAUCGUCCACAAGCAGCGUGGGCUCGCGGACGUCGGCUGACGACCACCAUGACUACCCAGAGACACUCGAUGGUUUACUGACCCACUUUGUCGCCUCCAAGCGCUCGCUCAACACCCAAACGGUGCUGUGGCGCGCCAACGACAUAGUCAACACGGCGCGUGAGCUGCUUGAAGAGAACGCCAUUCUAGUGGCAAAGAAUACAGCUAUACGGAAUAUCGUCGAUGAACAAGUAGACACGCUUGAAGCCCUUCGCCGCGGCAUAGACGUAGUAGAGAGUGAGGUCGCGACAGAGUUCAAGCAACUGCUUCACCAUGUCGACACAUCCUUUGCAGGCCUCAACUCGACCCUCGCCGUCCUACGCGAGACGCCCAUCGAAGCCGUCCUGCAGCCUCCCGGCACUCCGCAAAAACAUCUCUACGACUUCAUCGACAGCACCACCGUCUCCAAUCUCGAAGGCGUACUGCGCGCCUGCAUAGACCGAUACAACGACGCCCGCGCCACUCUCGACGACAGUGCUGAUGCCUUCGACACCGCCCUUGAUAACCUACAUUCCUCCAUCGAGAACGUGCCCAUGACACCCGCAUCCACCUCGAACCCGAGCCCGAUACCAAGUCUAUACCGCGAUCUGGAGGCACACGCAAAGGAAGCUGCACAGGCAUUCCAGUCGUUAGUACAACACUACGACCUCUGCGUCACUGCCCUCCGCCACACUGAAGGCGGCUCAGCAGCAGCAACCCAAGCAACCGGCGACGCGCCCCUCCACUCCGACACCGACUUCGCCGCGGAACCCGACCCCAUGAGCGAAGAAGAGCGCCAAGAAAUGCUCGCCGUCCUGCGCAAAGACGCCCACGAGGUGGAGGAAGUGGUCCACGAGAUCCGCGAGCGCGGCUCCGAAAUGACAUUCAUCCUCAACCACAUCGAAGACCACAUCCACCACCUGCGCAACGAGGCGUCCGCCCUGACCAGCGUCCUGCAGAUGAUCCACAAAAUCACACAGGAAGUAAAACACCACAUCCUCACCGCGCGCCAGUUCCACGCCGCCUGGCUCGACGACACACGGCCCACGCUACUCAACGGUAUCGAAGAAUGGGAAAACCAACGCGAAUUUUACGAGCGCUUUGACCUCGCGUAUGCGGAACUUCUGGUCGAGGUUUCAUCGCGGCGGAGGAGGCAUGACAAAGCGAAGCGCAAAGCCGAGGAUGCGCAGAAAGAGCUGGAUCGACUACAUGCUGAGGACGAGCGUGCGAGAGAGGGGUUCGCACUUGCCCAGGGCGACUUCUUACCGCUGGAUAUCUGGCCUGGGCUGAGGGAGCCGCCGAGACGGUAUGAGGUCAAGGCUGUUGCUGGGGAGAGGGGUGUGGAUCAGGAGAAGGAGAAGGAGAAAGAUGAUAAUGCAGGCGCGGAGGGGGAGGAGCAGGGGUUGGCGAGGAGUAUACCGCUUUUGGGGCGGAAUGUGGUGGAGAGGGCGUUGACGAGGGUCAAGAGGAGGAUGUAG